AUGUAUGUGGAUUUCAAGGAGUUCAACUGGUACGUUUGCAUUUUGUCGCCAAUUGGCUACAACGCAUUUAAGUGUGUGGGUGAAUGUUCGAACCCAUUACCCGCUCGUCUGAACGCCACCAAUCACGCGGUUAUACAGUCGCUUUUGAACAGCCUUAAUCCGGAGAUCCCUGGGCCGUACUGCAACCAUGAUGAAAUGCUGGUGGAAGCCGGCGGAUGUCGA